AUUCAUGUCCGCAACGGACAUCAACAGACUUCAAAAGGACUAGCACAAACAUUCACCUGUUCUAUUCACAUUGGAGCAGCUGGCAGUCAACACCUCUUCAAAGCACCCUGCUCAAGUACGCAAUCAUCAUGGUAUACUACGUAAUACGCAAGGGUCGGCCUGAUGAUUGUGGCGCUCUCUUUCGACUCGUCACGGAGACAGCCGAGUUUAGUAGUCAGAAGAAACACCCAGGAAGCGAUGACAGAGACACUACCGUAGAAACUAGUGAAGAAAUUUUGAGGAGAGAUGCGUUUUCCGACAGACCCCAAUUUUCCUUCUUCGUCGUGGAGUGCUAUUUCUCAAAAGAACAACUUGAUCGAAAUGAUGGUGAAAUCAUUGGCUUCUCGACAUUCAAUGAAAUGUACAGCAUAUACAAGGGCAAAUCAGGCUACAUGAGCGGUAUGUUUGUCACUUCAAAACACCGAGGUAACAGCUUAGCCCCGGUGUUGUUUAAAACUACUGCAAAGGCAUGUCUGGAUGCAGGUUGUAACUCGCUCAUGUGGGGCGUAUCGAGGUGGAAUUUUGGCGGGAAAACAUUCUACCAGAAACUCGGAGCAAUCAACAUGACUGAUCGAGAACAGCGAGAAUUCAUGACGCUAAACCACGAGAAAAUGACCAAGAUGGUGGAGGAAUAUCAGCCGGGCAUCUCCGGCGGUGUUGAAAUUUUAUACCGGUAAAAAAAGGACUCCGCAAGACCUACAUUGCGGUUGUGAAAGAUAAUUCAAGAACUUGACAUUACAAAGUAUUUUUCUCGCCAUGUUUCCGUGUCAAUACUUAUGCCUCCCCCCCCCCCCCCCUCCUCCGCUUGACAUAUGUUGACAUAUUAAACUUUUGUUAUCGAACGUUAGCCUAUAUUUCUGGUCAAUCAUAUUUUUUGUAAGCAAGAUUUAUGUUCUUAGGCGGCUCCUCCAUGCCAAAAUUCAAUUGCGGUACAGAUAUAUAGGGGAAGGGGUAAGGGCCAGUCGAAUGGCGGAAAAAAGGGGGGAGGGGGUAAAAGGAAAAGGGAAAAAGAAGAUAGAGUAGUAGCGAUUUUAUAGAGGGGCUAUGGAGUCUCAAGCCCACCCCAAAUUGAUUCAAUCCCCUGCACUCCCCCCCCCCCCAAAAAAAAAGAAGGGGGCGCAUGUAUCAUGAAUACAAGAACCCAACCCUCCCCUGAGCUGAUACCAUAAUUUGUAUAAAUAAAUCUGAAUGUA